AUGAAAUAUGAAACAAUUAUUGGAUUUUAUGGUAACCCUGGAAGUGGUAAAAGUACUAUAUGUAAUAGUUUAAUUGGAAAAGGUGUGUUCCAAUCAGGAGUUAGUAUUGGUACUGGUCUGACCAAGCAAGCUCAAUAUUAUCUUUUAGGAAAAGAUUUAAUAGUUGAUACUCCAGGAAUGGCUGAUGUACUUGCCAAAGAUACUACAGUAAAAGAAAUUGAGAAAUCCCUUAAAAAAGGAGGAAACUAUAAAAUAGUAUUUGUUAUUACUUUGGACUCGGGUAGAAUAAAGUUACAAGAUUUUAAUACCUUGAACUAUAUUUUAGAAUCAAUCAACACAGAGUUCAAUUACGGUUUACUUAUCAACCAAGUUUCUAAAUCAUCUCUUGCAAAGAUGAAUUCAGACAAUAUUCAAGCUUGUCUCCAAACUCUAAAGAAGAAACCCUUUCAUAUAUUAUCUAUUAAAAAGAUAAAAUCUUUAGAUGAAAAGGAGAACCAAAUGUUGGAUGAAUCCUCAGUUCAAGAUAUUCAGUCUUUUCUAUCAACUUUACCUGGUGUCAAUUUACUUCAAGAUCAAGUAAAGAGCAUAAAUAUCACAGAUUUUAAUAGAAAAUUAAUGGAGUUGGAAACUUUAGUUUUUGAAUUGAUGAAGUCUAUCAAAGAAGACAGGGAAAGAGAAGAAAUAUUACUUCAACUAAAUGAAAAUUCUCAGAGACUUUUGGAGCAAGAGAUUAAAGCCAAUAGAGAUCUUGAUAGUCAAGUUAAAAGUUUAAAUGAAAAGGUUCAAUCAUUGCUCAAACCCAAUCAUCAACCUCAAAGAAGAUGUACAAUUCAAUAA